UUUGGACUAAUGAUUACACCCCUGGCUCCUUGAUCCAACGCUGGACGGGAAUUUUCAUUGCUUCAUUUUUGUUGUUUGAUCACUUGUCGCAUAGGAAGCAUUACCUUCUACAGUGAAACGUAUGUAGCCAAUACAAUUGUAUCACUUUCCUCUGGAACUACGUAGCAGUAGAUACAAAGUCAAACUUUUUUUGAACCACGGCUCGCAUUGGGCUCGAUUUCGAUCGAGGAUGGGAUAACACAUGGAUGACCUGGAUGCUGCCAGAGGACUCUCUCCCUGGCCCACUCCUCCUCAUGAGGACUCUGUGUCCACGUCCUCCACAGACACCAUCAACUUAGAAGAUGGCCACUACUCUGCCCUGCGAGCGGAGCUGGCGGCUGAUGCUCUGGACUUGGAGGGAGAGUCCUGGAGUGUUGCUGUGGACCAGCAGUAUGUAAACAGCCUCCACCAAGAUGCUGUAAAGAGGCAAGAUGUAAUCUACGAGUUGAUCCAGACAGAGGUUCAUCAUGUGCGGACCCUGAAGCUUCUGCUGAGUGUUUACCAGUAUGAGCUGAGACAGAGCCUACAAAUGGAGGAGACUAGGCUAGAGAGGAUGUUCCCUCAGAUGGACAACCUGCUGCACGUCCACCAACGCUUCCUGUGGUGUCUCAGGGACUGCCGGGACAGACACAACCACCACACUGUCACACAGCUGGGAGAUAUACUCAUCAACCAGUUUUCAGGUGAGAUGGGGGAGAGGAUGAAGGAGAGUUAUGGAGUGUUCUGUAGUCACCACAAUGACGCUGUCAGCUUCUACAAGGAACAGCUACAGAACAACAAGAAGUUCCAGAACUUAAUGACGAAAAUCGGUCGGUUGUCCGUCGUUCGGCGGUUAGGAGUCCCAGAAUGCAUCCUGUUGGUGACUCAGCGGAUCACAAAGUACCCUGUCCUGGUGGAACGCAUUCUACUGAACACUGUUGCCGACAGUGAGGAGCACAGCGCCCUGGCCCAGGCCCUGGUUCUGAUCAGAGAGACCAUCUCUGCUGUGGACUCCCAGGUCCAUGACUAUGAGAGGGCCUCCAGGCUGAGAGACAUAGGCAGCAGGUUAGAGCCUCGUUCCCAGGGCCGGUGGAAGGACGGCAGGGUGUUCACGAGAGACGAUCUGGCUGAGGGCUCCAGAACCCUGCUCCAUGAAGGGACCGUCAGCUGUCGGGCGGCCAACGGACGGCUCAAAGACAUCCAUGCUGUCCUGUUGUCAGAUGUCCUGCUGCUCUUACAAAAGGAAAAGGACCAGAAACUCAUAUUUGUUAAUGUGGACAACAAGCCAUCGGUGAUCUCCCUCCAGAUGCUGAUCGUCAGGGAGAUGGCCCAUGAGGACAAGGCUAUGUUCCUGAUCAGUGCUUCGUCCAGCAAGCCGGAGAUGUACGAGAUACACACCUCCUCCAGAGAGGACUGCAACGCCUGGAUGAGCCUUAUACGAGAUGCUGUCGACAGUUGUCCAGCAAUGGAGGAGCAGCUGAACAGUGAGCAGGAGGAGGCCAGGCUAGCCAGACUCCGAGACUUCCGAGAGCGUCUGUAUAUGAAGGAUGCCCAGAUCGUGCAGAGCCUGACAGAGAAGCUGCAGAUGUUUGCUGACAUGGCGGAGGCUGUAACAGGGCUAGAGAAUGUAGCUGCCCACUCCCGUCUGCUGCUCCGCACUGACGCCUCAGACAUUCAGCAGGGGGAGACACUGCUCAAGGGGGCCGUCACUGAGGUGGAGAAUCUGCAGAACCUGCUCCUGUCCGGUGUGACUGUGAGAGAUCCCCACCCCACUCCAGAGGACAGUCUGAGACCACGGGGGUUCAGUUUGAGGCCAGAAGUGCUACGGCUUGGUCAAGGGGGGCUAGGCCUUGGGCGGCUGGGGAACCUGGCGGUGCUUAGGAGAGCUGAGACCUUCGGAGGUUACGACUGCAACCCUCCCACCCCCAUCAAGUAUGGUAGUAUACCGGCAGGAGAACGGCCAGGCAGUGUGGAGGGACGACAUCAGCGUUCGAACUCUGACCCCCAGCUACAGGACCUCGACCAAUCAGAGAGCCUGGAACUGUCGUUAUUUUACAGAGUGCUGAUGCUCUCACAUCGGCUGUACGGUCUGCAGGCCAUCGUCUCCCAGCAGGACAGCCACAUUGAGCUCCAGCGUGCCUCUAUUUUGGAGCGUGAGCGUCCGGGUCGCCCCCGAGGCAACAUGCUCCUGGACCAGGAGAAACAACGUAACCUGGAGAAACAGAGAGAAGAGAUGGCCGACUUCCACAAGCUGCAGACACAGCACCGCCAAAACCAGGCUCGCUGGGAGAAGGAGCGGGAGCGUCACCGGCUGCAGGCGGAGGUCCUAGAGGCGGAGCUAAGACAGAGAGAGGAGGAGUGUAGGAGACUGGAGGAGAAACUAGAGGAGGAGAGAGAGGAGCUGGAGAGACAGAGAGAGACGUACCAACAGGAUCUGGAGAGGCUGAGGGAGUCAACGAGGACGGUGGAAAAACAGAAAGAACACCUCAAUACACAGAUGAAGUUGAAGCAGAACAAGACCAUCACCAACCCUGGGAGUUUUAACUUCAAAACCCAGCAGUCCUUCCGAAGGGACCCCCCCCUCUCCCAGUCCUUCCGAGGGGACCUCCCCCUCUCCCAGUCCUUCCGAGGGGACCUGAUGGGUGGUUUGACGACAGGAAGAGAGGUGAUCCAGACACCCAAGGUCCACGUCCGCCCCAGCCUCUCUGUAGCCACCAACUUUUUCCUGGAGCAGCCCCCAGAGGUGCCCCCUCGCAGGGAGAGCAUCAGCCCCGGGCCCCCUAAACCGGAGUUCCCAAUCCACCUGAUCAGCACGACCAACCAGGUGGUUCACAAACCAGGGGCGGUGCAGCAGCAGAUACCCACCAAGCUGGCUGCCCUCGGCAACAAGGGCAAGGAGAAGAGCAGUAAGAAGAGGCCCCACCACCAGCGCACCCACAGCGCAGGUCAGAACACGCACAGAGCAGCGUCCAUAGAAAUGUCUCAGGUGGUGCCGAUCAGAGUGACAGGAAAUGAGAGCCGGAGUCUGAGAGGGAAGAAGACUGUGAGCCCUCACAGAAACUACCAAUCAGAUUGUUUCUUCAGUCCUCCAGAGCCCCUGUCCAACGCUAAGCCCACCCAGACCCAGACCCUGUUGUCCAGCAGCAGCAUGAGGAAUACCCAGAGCCAAGCACCUCCACCAGAACCUCCACCUCCCCCCCCACCCUUCCCCAAAGACAUAACAAGCAAACCAACCAAGGAACAUGUCAUCUACCUGUAAGGACACAGGGUGAAGACCAAAACCCUAACUAAUAGGCCCUAUGCCCGGGCUCUGAAACUGGCAGCCCAUGUGCCAAAACCGGCCCACGAGUGAUUAUAUUUGGCCCGCCAAAGCUCUGUUCACAGUAAUGAUGUGAUUAUUUUAUUUUUUUACUGAUUGGGCUUUUCUAAUUGCUGGUACUUCUUGAGUUCCUGUUGAAUUUCCAAAGACAUUUCUAUUGUUCUGAUGAGUGCUUCUGUAUCUAAACACUCUCUGCACUCAAGUCUUCUUUACUUUUUAAAUCCUUUUUAAAGAUGAUUUAAAUUCAUGUUUGGCAGUUGUUAGGAAGCUGUUUAUUAUUGGAAGAUGUUAUUAUUAUUAUUAUUAUUAUUAACUUGUUUACAGAUCUGAGGGGCCAAGCACGUUGUUAUCUCAGAGUGCAUAAGAAACUAUUUUAAUCUGAAUUGACCUGCUCCUCAUAUUGUAUUUCUUCAUGUUAUAGAAUGUAUGGAAGUAAAUGUACAUUUAGCUGUGAGGGGUAAAACCAUUAUGGCCAGAUUACCAGAUGCAGAUUAAUCUUAGUCCAGGACUAAAAAGGAUUCUCAUUUGAGAUUCUCCCAGUUUUUUAAAUCCAAGACUAGGCUUAAUCUAUGUCUGGGAAAUGGGCCCUUAUGGUAUGGGGAUUAUGGUGUAUUUUAACACUGUGAAUAAUAAUGACUACUGUACUAAAUGAUGCCAAUUCUACUGUGGUUUAGCGAGAGUUUUCCUGUCAAUAGGUUAUGUUCUGGGAACCAAGGAACUUUUUGAACAAUGUUGUUUACUAUCGGGAGGAUGUUUGGAAGGAUUUGUGAAGUAUGUUGCACAGUUUCCAGUGGGAAUAGAAUUAGAACACAUAUUUUAUAUAUGUAUGAUGUCAAUCUAUGGUCUGUACAUUCUGCUGUGACGUUGAUGUCCUGGUGAACUGUUGUUGUGGUUCCCACCCCACAGCUCGAUGGAAUCAAAAGAAUGCUGAUGCCUGU